CUCGUGCGGUGUGCAUAUGGCCGGUGAGCAUGCCCGCAAGCGCCAGCGCGGGCUUGUGCUUGGUGGCGGUGAGCGAGUUGCCGACGAAGCCGAGGCCGGCGAGGCGGCCGCCAGUGUUCCACGACCUUUUCUGGCUACGGCGGCCCGUUGCGAGAGCGACGAGCCGAGCAGGGGCGAGCUUGCGCAGGCGCGGUAUGAGACGGAGAUCUGGCCAGAGAUAGAGGCUGUGCUCGGCGGCUUGCUACGAGGCGACGACUCGGCCAUGGCCUCGUUCUCGCUCUCGUGGCUCGUCCACCGCGCCUUUGCCGCCGUCUCGGAGGGUCUGGCCACCCGCAUGUAUGGCGAUGUGCUCGAGGUUGUCCGAGUCGGCGUGGGGCAGGCUGCCGCCAACUCGCCCGAUGCUCUGGACGUUGCGCUGAAUGGGUACUCGCGGGCGCGCAGCAUCUUCCCGGCCUGGUUCUACCACCUCGACCGAAUCUAUCUCGCGCCGGUCCUCCACACCACCCUUGUCGACGCUACCGACGCCAUCGUGGCCUCGGCUGUCGAACGCUUUUCGAACAACUCGCUCCCGCAUGUGCCGCCCCCGAUCCCACUCCCGCCGGGUGCCGGUCUGGCGCCGAUGGACACCGGCUUGCCGUCGUCGACGGCGUCAGCUCCGUCGACGCGGCAGCAACAGAGCCGGGCUCGCCCGGCGUACAUCCGCAAGCGGCCCCGGUCGCGGUCGGGCUCGCGGUCGGGCUCGCGGUCACGAUCGACGUCGCCACACGCGGCGCUGGUCAUCAACGCCGGCUCAUCGUCGCUCAAAGCGAGGCUGUAUUUGCGGCCAAAAACGUGCGGCAAGGGCCAGCGGCAGCAGGUGCAAGCGACAGACAUGGCAGGCGGCGAGAUCUUCUCAACGAUGAUCAGCGGGAUUGAGACCGCGAGCGGCAUGGCAGCUGCGGUGGCCGAGGUGCUGACUGAAGCCAAGGCUGCUGAUGUCGAGCUGGACCUUGUGGCGCACCGGGUUGUCCAUGGUGGCCGCGAGAGGGCCGGUGCGGUGGUUGUGGACGACGUCGUGCGGGCGUCGAUCGCCGAGGCAGCCGUCCACGCGCCGCUGCACAAUCCGCCGGCAUUGCUCGCGCUCGAGGCAUGCGCCGCGGCAGCGGGGCCUUACGUGCCACAGGUGGCGGUCUUUGACACGGCACCGCAUGUGGCAGGCAUGGCGGCGUGCGCGUACACGGUGCCUGUCCGGACUCAGCUGGCUGACGCGGCCAGCGUCCGCAAGUACGGCUUUCACGGCUCGUCGCACGCGUACGUGGCCGAGGCUGCAGCUGCGGCACUUGGACUUGCGCCCGAGGCUGCAGCGGUGGUGACGGCUCACCUCGGAUCGGGGGCGUCGGUGGCGGCGAUUGACGGUGGCCGUGUUGUCGACACCUCGAUGGGCUUCUCGCCGCUCGGCGGGCUGGUCAUGGCCACCCGCCCAGGCGACAUGGAUCCUGGCGCGGUGCUCGCGCUCGGCCGGGCGCUGCUCGCGGACGAGAAAUUGGGCGCGGCGGAGCUGUUGGAUGCACUGGGUGAUGAGCUUGCGUCACGCUCGGGUCUGAUGGGCAUGGCUGGGACACGGUCGAUGCGCCAGGUACUGGCCGGCGCAGCCGCAGGGGACGCUCACUGCAUCCUUGCCCGCGACGUGUACAUUCACCGGCUGGUGUUCCAGCUCCACGGCCACAUCGGGCUCCUCUCACGUGCCCCUGACGCGAUUGUGUUUACCGGCGGAGUGGGCGAGGCGUCGGCCAUAGUGCGAUCGCUCGCAUGUAGCCCGCUCCUCUCGGCCAGCCUCGAUGUAUCCGCCAACCGCGACGAUGAAGUUGCUGCUGCACUUGCUAGGCAUGGUUAUGCCGACAUUUCGUCUGGAAAGGGAGACAUCCGACUGCUUGUCGUGUCCACCAACGAGGAGGCGUACAUUGCUGCCCAGGCGUAUCCCGUCCUGCUCGGCCCCAACGUGUGCGUGGGCCUGCCCAACGAGAGCCGACUGUACUUUGACGCUGCUGUGAACAAGGUGGUGGUGGUGACGGGACAGACGGAACUGAGAGCCAUCUCCUCCCCUCCCACACUCUACACACGACAUGGUCUCCGUUCGGUGGCUUAUGAUGAUCCCACUGCUCUCGAAAUGCUCCUCCCGGACAGGGGCCCUCUCCUCACAUGUCCUCGGCUCGCCCUCGACUUUACCUUUGUCGCGCUCAUCCGCUCCACCCGUCUCGUCGAGUUUGUGCCUAUUCCGCUCCAUCUCCGUCCUGGUCAAUCAGCUCCAUCGCCUGCCUCUCGUGGUCCUGGCCCGGCGGUUGCUGCGGCUGAUUCUCGCUCGGCUUCGGCCGGCCUCACCUCUAGCCGCAAAAAGGCCCGCCGCUCAGGCAGUGCUGCUGGUGGGGGCAAGUCGAUCAUGCUGACGUGCAAGGCGUCGAGAGAGCCGAUGCUCAUCUUUGAUGGCGGCUGGCCGUAUGUGGGCAACUUUUUCCUCGUCACCUCGCAGACCCUCGAGCUGUACGGGUACAGCAGCUCCAAGGGCACGUUCAAGCUCCUCAAGUCACACUCGCUCGCCAUCCACUGGCACGUCUACUCGCACGUGGCCAAGGUCAUCCUGCUCGCCACCAAUGAGCAGGGCACCGUGCUCCAGCCGUUUCUCUUCAAGCCGGACGGCCUCGUCAAGCUACCCAAGCUCCGCAUUGCCGCUCGGACCGGAGCCUCCAAGGUCUCCGCCGCAGACGUCCACCUUGCUGUCGUCUACCACAAGGUCUUUCUCAUCCACAUCAACGCCGCCGACGGCUGCGCUGCCCUCUACCUCAUUAACCGCGACGAAGCUGUGCUCCGCGCAGAGCUCCCCAUCGCCCGCGGCUGCACCCACCGGCUCUCUAUUAUCGACCAGCUCCUUGUCUUUCACAACGUUGACCAGGGCUCGGUCCUCAUCUACGACAUCAAAGUCUCGUGCCGCAACCCGCUCGACAAGCCACGCCCUCUCCCGGCUCCUGGCUCUGCCCCUCCGCCGACGCUCACCUACCCGUUUGCACCGUUGCCUGCCUUAGCUACGCCUGACAGCGCCGACAGUGCCAACUCGUCUGACGGGACGAGCUCGCCGCGGACGCCACGUCGCGGCCGCCGCCCGUGGCUCUACUUUGCGCCCGACCUGGUGAUGGAGCCCGAGUCCGGGCGUAUCUUCUCGCUUCUACUCGACCUCUCAGCGCUUGCCGCCAACUUUACUGACGCCCGCCGCCGCAUCGCCUUUCUUCUCAAACGCGAACACUGCAAGGUCCUCGUCCUCCACACCAUCCGCGAGAUGAUCUGGGCCAAGGCAUCACUUAACGCCAUCGGCCAGGUCUUUGACAUGAUCAACGAGAUCUGCAACCUCGCCCAGCGUGAGCGUGCAGAGGCCGAGCUCGCCCAGCUGCACUCGGCCGCCGCUGCCAACUCGAAGCGCAAGUCUCGCCGCGGCUGGACCUCAUGGUUCUCGUCGUCGUCGUCGUCGUCAUCGCCGUCUGCUUCGGCGGCGGCAGCCGCCGCCGAGGCGCCGACCGCGACGCUGUCGGCUCAGGGCGGACCGGCCCGCCCGGCGUCGGCGCCUCCGGCAGCUCACACCGCAGCGCGCGACGUGCCGUUUGGCGGCUCUCGGCUUCCGGCCACCUCGUCGGCGGCAUCGCCGUCUGCGUCGUCGCUGCUCCCGCUGACGGGCUCGGCGACGUCGGACUUGGCGUCCAAGUACGCCGAGCUCGGCGGGACCAUUCCGCUGCAGCGGGUGCCGUCACCGGCCGACGCCGACGUCUUUGGCGCGCUGGUCCGCUCCUCGCUCGCCACCUCAUCGCAGCUGCUGUUCGAGCCGCCGCUCGGCGCCCUCGGCGUCUCGCCCGAGCUCGUCUCGUCGCUUGGCAGCGCGGCCGCGGCCGCGGCCUCGGAAGUCGCUACCUCGCCACUCCUUGUCACUGCCCGGACCAAGGACGGCUUUGCCAUCAUCGAGCAGAAGGAGAUUUACUCGUUUGUGCUCGCGUCGAUGGUAGAGGAGGCCCGCGAGCUGACGCCCAAGUUCAAGCUCGCCGUCCUCAUGGAGUACAUCCGCUCACUCUCGUUCAACUCGCGUCCAGUCCAGCACUACCUCUACGAGCUCAUCAUCAACCUUCUUGUGGCUGAGGCCAAGUUCCACCAGCUCCACCAGCUCAUCCAGUACCACGUCGUCAUGGACUCGACGCCCGUCGCCCUCCAGCUCCUCUCGCUCGACGCCGUCUACCCGCCGGCCUUUCAGCUCGCGCUUGACAUGCUCAAGCGGCUCCACACCCACGAGGAAAUCGUGGAGGUCCUCCUCUCGCGCAACUACGUCCUCCCGGCGCUGCGUUUCAUCCGCGAGCACGGCUUCCGCUCGGUCCCGGUCAAGCGCUUCCUCCGCCUCGCCCUCGAUUCGGGCGACACGCCGCUCUUCCACACCGUCUUCACCUUCUUUGCCCAGCGCAACUUGUAUCUCCGCGGCAACGAGGCUUUUCUUCCCGAGGAGGAGUGCGAUGAGUUUGUUGCCGCCUUUGCAGCCCUCUACGCCGCGUAGCCGCUGCUACAAACGCCCAGCGCCCACGCCCA